AUGCAUGAUGAUGGAGGAGAACGUGAGAAAAAACCUAGUAGCAUAUCUGGAGCGCAGGGACUUCGUGACACACCAACCAAUCAUGAAGUAUGCGGCUUCUGCAUGGAGUCCAUAUCUUGUGAAGCAUCAGACCAAAUUGGAGAAGAUUCAGAGGUAGUUAUGGUACCUCUGGCAACUCAGCGAGAUCAGCCCAUGAUCAGAGAUACUCUCAUUCUCAUACCUCGAAAAUUCAACAAAAACACACCUACAGCUACGCGGCCUCUACACCCAGCCGUGGCCUCCUCACCCAGACGCGGCCUCUACACCCAGCCGUGGCCUCCUCACCCAGACGCGGCCUGCACACCCAGCCGUGGCCUCCUCACCCAGACGCGGCCUCCACACCCAACCGUGGCCUCCUCACCCAGACGCGGCCUGCACACCCAGCCGUGGCCUCCUCACCCAGACGCGGCCUCCACACCCAGCCGUGGCCUCCUCACCCAGACGCGGCCUCCACACCCAGCCGUGGCCUCCUCACCCAGACGCGGCCUCCACACCCAGCCGUGGCCUCCUCACCCAGACGCGGCCUCCACACCCAGCCGUGGCCUCCUCACCCAGACGCAGCCUCCACACCCAGCCGUGGCCUCCUCACCCAGACGCGGCCUCCUCACCCAGCCGUGGCCUCCUCACCCAGCCGUGGCCUCCUCACCCAGCCGUGGCCUCCUCACCCAGCCGUGGCCUCCUCACCCAGCCGUGGCCUCCUCACCCAGCCGUGGCCUCCUCACCCAGCCGUGGCCUCCUCAACCAGGCACGGCCUCCUCACCCAGCCGUGGCCUCCUCACCCAGACGCGGCCUCCUCACCCAGCCGUGGCCUCCUCACCCAGCCGUGGCCUCCUCACCCAGCCGUGGCCUCCUCACCCAGCCGUGGCCUCCUCACCCAGCCGUGGCCUCCUCACCCAGACGCGGCCUCCUCACCCAGCCGUGGCCUCCUCACCCAGCCGUGGCCUCCUCACCCAGCCGAGGCCUCCUCACCCAGCCGAUGCCUCCUCACCCAGCCGUGGCCUCCUCACCCAGCCGUGGCCUCCUCACCCAGCCGUGGCCUCCUCACCCAGCCGUGGCCUCCUCACCCAGCCGUGGCCUCCUCCACCCAGCCGUGGCCUCCUCACCCAGCCGUGGCCUCCUCACCCAGACGCGGCCCUCCUCACCCAGCCGUGGCCUCCUCACCCAGCCGUGGCCUCCUCACCCAGCCGUGGCCUCCUCACCCAGCCGUGGCCUCCUCACCCAGCCGUGGCCUCCUGA